GGCGCUGCGCCGUGUGCGUGCCGUGCGCCCACGAAGCUGGUCGGCGGCGCAAGAUGGCGGAGGAGGCCGCUGUGUGCAGCUUCGUGUUCAAGAAGCGGGGCCCGGCCGCGGGCAGGGGCCGGCGCAAGAGGCCCAGCAGCGACCAGGAGCGGGAGAGCAGCGGCGAGGAGGGCAGCACGGUGGUGCGGAAGGAGCGGCGGCGGGAGCUCCCCAACCCCAUGAUCCAGAAGACCAGGAGGGGCACGAAGGAGAGGCCGGAGUAUGCGCUGAGCAGCAGCGACGAAGAGGAUCCAGCAAAGGAGAUCGGAGUCACUUAUAAAUCCACAAGAUCGGCGAAACCUGUUGGCCCAGAAGACAUGGGAGCCACAGCAGUGUAUGAACUGGACACAGAGAAGGAGAAAGAUGCCCAGGCCAUCUUCGAGCGCAGCCAGAAAAUCCAGGAGGAGCUGAGAGGAAAGGAAGAUGAUAAAAUUUACCGUGGUAUUAACAACUACCAGAAAUAUGUGAAGCCCAAGGACACAUCCAUGGGAAAUGCCUCUUCAGGAAUGGUCAGAAAAGGACCCAUCCGAGCUCCAGAGCACUUGAGGGCCACGGUGCGAUGGGACUAUCAGCCCGACAUCUGCAAGGACUACAAAGAGACUGGCUUCUGUGGCUUUGGAGACAGCUGCAAGUUCCUCCACGACCGCUCAGACUACAAGCACGGUUGGCAGAUCGAGCGGGAGCUGGACGAGGGCCGCUAUGGAGUCAAUGAUGAGGAAAACUAUGAGGUGAGCAGCGAUGAGGAGGAUAUGCCUUUCAAAUGCUUCAUCUGCAGAAGUUCCUUCAAGAACCCCGUGGUCACCAAGUGCAGGCACUACUUCUGUGAGAGCUGUGCCCUCCAACACUACCGCAAAUCCCAGCGCUGCUACGUGUGUGACAAGCAAACCAAUGGAGUCUUCAACCCAGCAAAAGAGCUCAUGGCAAAAUUGGAAAAACACAAAGCAGAGGAGGAAGAGGAAGAGCAGCAGCAUUCAGAGCAUGGCGAGGAUCCUCAAUAGCAGAGCCCCCUGUUUUGUAUCUACCUGAAUAAAGCUUUCAUGGGACACAAAAA